AAUCUCUGCAUAGGAGUCAAGACAGGAACUUUGUCUCCAGUGGCUUGCCGUAGUUCGGCCCCCGCCUAUAAAAGGCUGCUGCGCGGCCACCGUAGUUCUUCCUCUCCUUUAAACCGGACUGACAUCACAUCACCGCGGAGCGUCUCUCAUCAGAACCAUGGCUGAGCUGCAGGAGCGUACCUUCAUCGCCAUCAAGCCCGACGGCGUUCAGCGCGGCAUCAUCGGCGAGAUCAUCAAAAGGUUCGAGAUGAAGGGCUUCAAACUUGUGGGCAUGAAGAUGAAACAGGCUUCUGAGGACCUUCUGAUGCAGCACUACCAGGACCUCAAGGACCGACCCUUCUUCCCUACCCUCGUCAACUACAUGAGCUCUGGUCCAGUGGUUGCCAUGGUGUGGGAAGGAAAGGGUGUGGUGAAGACGGGCCGGGUGAUGCUGGGCGAGACCAACCCUGCUGACUCCAAACCUGGAACCAUCAGAGGAGACUUCUGCAUCGAUGUCAGCAAGAACAUCAUCCAUGGCAGUGAUUCGGUGGAGAGUGCCAACAAGGAGAUCUCCCUGUGGUUCAAACCAGAGGAGCUGGUCAGCUACACCAGCUGUGCCUUCAGCUGGCUCUAUUGAGCUGCUUAGACCCUGACCUUUGACCUCAGACUUCCUCUCUUUAGCUGUUGCUUAGAUGAGGAACUCCACCUACAUUCCUCCUCUUCAUGCUGUUCUUGGAUGUGGACCGUCUUCAUUCCUGGAAAAUGUAACUGUAACCCGUCUUUCUGGCGGCUGUUAAAGGUUUAAUUUGAUUUGCAAUAAAUGCACAACAAUAAAACUGUU